UCGUGACCGUCGGGGCGUGCACGUGUCUGGCUGUCCGGCCCUGUGUGGACCACUGUGCCGCUUGUGUCCCUCUUGCCCCGCCGCCACGCCCACAGCGCCCAGAGGAGUCAGCUGUGUGCCGCUCAGUGUGUCUGGAGGUGUGUGGGGUGCAGGAGCCUAGCCAAGACUGUGGUGGUGGUGGUCAUAGCCCCGGCAGCUAUAUAUCUACAUGCAGAAUGAUUACAGUUUCUCUGGCUUAUAUUGCAUCCACAUCGCGCCUCCUGGCGGAUGCCAUCAUUUUACUUCUCAAGCGAUGUUUAAAACUGUACCAGCCAGUGCGGUGCAGCUGCCAGAACCGGGUGAAGGAGAAGGUAGUGAUCGUGACAGGAGCAAAUAGUGGCGUCGGCUUUGCCAUUGCACAGGACUUGGCUUAUAAAGGGGCUCGUUUGUACCUGGCAUGCCGCAACCCCCAGGCUGGAGAGGCAACAGCACUCAAGCUGCGCACAAAGACUGGCAAUCAGGCCGUCCACUUCUUUCAUCUGGAUCUUAAGGACUUUGAUUCAGUCCGGACCUUUGUUGAAUCUUUCCUGAAGCGUGAGAAAAGACUUGAUGCUCUGGUGAACAACGCAGCUGUCUUUCACCAUCCUCCGGGCCUGACUGUAAAUCAAAUAGAAAUCACAUUCCAGACCAACUAUCUGGGUGUGUUCCUUCUCACCAGCUUGCUCCUGGGUGUCAUCCAACAGUCUUCAAAUGCUCGAAUGAUAUUUGUCUCCUCUGAAGCUCACAAGUCUGUUACUCCACAAGAUCUGUUGUCUUUUGAACCACAUAAAGCAAGACCACUUCCAACUUUCUUGGACCAUGUGAAGAUUUAUGGCAUAUCUAAACUUGCACUUCAUGUCUUUGCUCAGUAUAUCACUCAGUCACUCCCAGGCAUCUACGUGGGACUGACUGACCCAGGCAAUGUCUGGACACCAAUAUACAGGUACUCCUGGAGGUCGUGGAGAGAAGCAUACACACGUGUCUUGUGCUACAUAUUUAUGAGGGAUCCACAAGAGGGGGCCCAGUCCACCAUACAUGCCCUCAAUGCACCAAACUUAUGCAAUGGACAGUACAUUAAUAGCUUCUUGGCUGGUGAAGAGGGGCAAACAUUUGACGCCUCACUGGUUCAGAAGUUGGUAGCUGACUCAGCCUUCCUCACUGGCUUACCUCAGAGCUGCCUGUCAUAAGCUGCUGCUACAUCAGGUUUUGAUGGAAGUAAGGCUGAAA